CUUACAAUCUUCAAAUCUCUCUCCCAAUCUCUCUCCCCAUCUCUCUCCCAAUUCAUAAAAAUGGAGUCAUUCAACACAUCCAAGAAGGUGAAGUGUUUUAAUGAAGACGAAGAAGGGACAAGCACCCUGGAUGGAACUGUUGAUUUCCAUGGCCGACCAGCUGUGAAAGCAAAAACUGGGCGAUGGACAGCUGGCACUAUCAUCCUCGUGAAUCAAGGGCUGGCUACUUUAGCCUUUUUUGGAGUUGGGGUGAACCUGGUGCUUUAUCUAACCAGGGUUCUACAACAGGGGAAUGCUGAGGCUGCUAACAAUGUUAGCAAAUGGACCGGAACCGUCUAUAUUUUCUCGCUCGUCGGUGCUUUUCUCAGUGAUUCGUACUGGGGUAGAUACAAAACUUGUGCCAUAUUUCAGGCCAUCUUUGUCUUGGGCUUAGGAGGGUUGUCAGUGGCAUCAAGCAUGUUCUUGAUCACCCCUAAAGGUUGUGGCAAUCGGACAAUUCCAUGCAGUAUCCACUCGAACUGGGAGAUCGGGUUGUUUUAUAUCUCGAUAUACAUGAUUGCGCUAGGAUAUGGAGGGUACCAACCAAAUAUCGCGACAUUUGGAGCCGACCAGUUUGAUGAAGAAGAUAUUAAAGAGGGGCAUUCAAAGGUGGCUUUCUUCAGUUACUUCUAUCUUGCUCUCAACCUUGGUUCGCUUUUCUCGAAUACGAUCUUGAGCUAUUUUGAGGAUGAAGGAAUGUGGACCUUGGGGUUUUGGUUAUCGACUGGCUCGGCGUGUAUGGGACUCGCCUUAUUUCUCGGUGGGACCGUAAGGUACAGACAUUUCAAGCCAAGUGGAAACCCUCUAAACAGGUUUUGUCAAGUGUUUGUGGCUGCAUCAAAAAAGUGGAGGGUUCAGCUGCCACAAGGUGAAGAAGUUUUGUUUGAAGAUGAGAAGGAUAGUUCUCCAAGUACUGGGAGGAAGAUCCUACAUACCCAUGAAUUCAAGUUUUUGGACAAAGCAGCAUUCAUUACCUCAAGGGAUUUCAAGGACCCAAAACAAGGAACUCACAACCCAUGGACUUUAUGUCCAGUUUCACAGGUUGAAGAGGUGAAAUGCAUAUUAAGGUUGCUUCCCAUUUGGCUAUGCACCAUAAUCUAUUCAGUUGUAUUCACACAAAUGGCGUCUCUAUUCGUCGAGCAAGGUGCAGCCAUGAAAAGCACGAUCUCCAGCUUCCAAAUUCCGGCAUCUAGCAUGUCGAGCUUUGACAUCUUAAGUGUUGCACUCUUCAUUUUCCUUUAUCGAAGAGUAAUCAGUCCUAUUGUGCUCAUGUUUAAGAAGAAAGACUCAAAAGGAUUAACCGAGCUUCAAAGAAUGGGAAUCGGGCUCAUUAUCGCUAUAUUAUCGAUGGUCUCAGCCGGAAUCGUGGAAUGUUAUCGGCUAAAGUAUGCUAAUAAAGAAUGCACUCAUUGUGAUGCUUCUAGCUCGUUAAGCAUAUUCUGGCAGGUACCUCAAUAUGCAUUUGUUGGUGCCUCUGAAGUUUUCAUGUACGUUGGUCAACUGGAGUUUUUCAAUGCACAAGCGCCAGAUGCCUUAAAAAGCUUCGGAAGUGCCCUUUGUAUGACAUCAAUUUCGCUCGGGAAUUAUGUCAGUAGCUUCAUCGUGACGAUCGUUAUGAAGAUAUCUACCGAAGACGAUAUGCCAGGAUGGAUUCCGGGAAAUCUGAAUCGGGGUCAUCUAGACAGGUUUUUCUUCCUUCUCGCAGGAUUAACUGCUGUUGAUCUUGCGGUCUAUGUUGUGUUUGCUAAAUGGUACAAGAGUAUCAAGUUCGAAGGGAAGAAUGUAGAAGAGAACGACACUGAUGAUUAUGAAGUCUAGAACAUCUAAAAUGAUCGACGAAAUUGGACAGUCUAAUGAUCCCAGUUAUAAAUAAAUAAGACGUGGGAUGGGGUUGCUGAAGGCGAAAACACUCUGUAAAUGCUUUUAUUCUUGAGAAAAAAGAUUGCAGUUGGGUCAAGGCAGGGAUGACCCUAGUUCCCAUAUUCACUUACAUCUAAUUGUCUCUUAUGAAUUCAAGAUUAGGAGCCAAGGGAAGUCGAUUCUAUCGUUUUAAGGCGUUGAGUGUAGUUGCUUUUGGGUACAUGAGCUCUCAUCUUACGGUCAUUGGUCUGUUCUGUUGUACAACAAGACACUGAUUUAACAUGUGUUUUGUGAUUUCUGAGUUGAUUUCUGUAUCUUGUAACAAAUUUAUGAAUAUGUGAGCUCUGUUUCAUCAU